AUGAGUCUACAACGGCUGAGCAAGGUCUUGGGAGAGGACACCGGUGUCAGCGCCUUUUUGGCUGUUGCGCCGGUUUUGUCUGAAUGCAUUUCUCCCGAAUUGAGGAAAAGAGCCCAAUUAUUGCACGUGAAUCACCAACUGCCCUACGUCCUUUCCCGUUUAGCGGCGUCUGCGGCCCUCUCAUCUUCACUGAACGCUUCCGUUUUCUUUGUGGGUGCGAGGGAGGAGGCGCGGCAAUACGGAGCCACUCUUUCGCUUUCUCAUGAGGAUGCAGUUGGUGGCGCCGUGGCGUGGCGGGAUAACGUGCCGUUUGCCUUCGGCAUGGACGUGGUGGAUGUGAGCCGGGUAGCUCAGGUUCGGGGGCGGUUUCCCCAUUUUGGCGCGCGUUGGAUGCCGCGUUGUCAGCCAGCCGCGUUGGACGCCGUUGACGUGGCGAAGGUCAAGAGGACGUACGGCGGCUGUGCCGAUCCGGUUGAUGUCGUUUUGGCGCAACACUGGGGUCUUCGCGAGUGCUGCGUUAAGCUUGUCGGCAUCGCGGGGCGUUCAUUCCCACUGGAGUGCUUCCGGGGCCCAGUGGCGCUGUUUCCCGAGCGUUUUGAGGCACACGUCGUGGGAAUUGGACGUGCGGCGCUGCACUCCGUUGGCCUCCACUCGAACCUUUUCGUCUCUUUGUGGCCGCAUCUUUUGCGGCUGCCGUCAGGGGAGCAGCGACCAUUCGUGACUGUUGUGGCUGCCUGCCCCAGAGCCCGGCGACGCUAG